CUGAUCUUGGAUACAAAUUGCGCAUCAUUGGCAAAGUAUUAUAGGAAAUUUCACACACUAUCCCACUAGAGCAAUCUGUAUAUACCGUCCCUACGCUGAACAUCUCAACCCCGCAUCAACUAGCAAACAUGCCGCCACGUCUCCCUGAAGGAGGUAAAACCCUGGUCUACUUCACUGUCGAUGGCCAUGAUGUCAAACUUGACUACUACCUACCACCCCAUGCGAGCGGAAAUCUCCCCGCCAUCAUCUACUACCACGGUGGCGGCAUGACCGCAGGCUCCCGCCGGGGCAUGGGAUUCCCGCACUGGCUAUACAACCACUGCCAGCAAAAGAACUACAUCUUCAUCUCUGCAGAUUACCGUCUCUGCCACCCCACCACAGCGCUCGACCAGAUUGAAGACGCGAAGGCCAUGUUCCGCUUCCUAGCAGGAGAUUUCCAGAACUCCCUUCCAGAAGGCACAACCCUCGACACCACCCGCGUCGCCGUAACCGGCUUCUCAGCAGGCGGAUACUCCGCCCGCGCUGCCUGCAUCUACGCGACCCCCAAGCCCGCCGCCAUGCUAACCGGGUUCGGUAGCGCCGGCGACUGGCUCCUCGAUCACUGGACGACUGGCCGUCCUCCCACUUCCAUUGCUAGCAUGGUGAACUUGGACGAAGUCCCCAAGCUACUGGCCGACAAGACCGUCGUCAGCGACGACAUGCCCGAAGACGGGGGUAUGAUGACGAAUCGGUUUGCGCUGACGGUGCGGUGGGAAUUGGAUGGGACGUUCCUGGACGGAUGUCUGGGACGGCCUGGGCUAGGUGCGGAGUUGAAUAAGGUGGAGUAUUCGCAAAGAGCGGCUGCUAUUCCGGAGGACUUGAAGCCGGCGUUUUUGCAGUUGCAUGUGACUGAGGAGCAUCCGCCUGCGGUGUUUGUGCAUGGAACUGCGGAUGAUGUUGUCCCCGAUAAAGAGAGUAUCAACCAUUAUGAGCAGUUGAAGAAGUUGGGUGUUAAGACGGAAUUGUUGCUUGUUGAGGGGGGUGCGCAUGGAUUGAUGGAUUUCAGUCAGGGAUUUCCACCCAAGCCGGCGAAGGGGUCUGUGGAGGCGUAUAACAGGGGGUUGGAGUUUAUUGAUGAGGUUUUUGGUCGAGCUUAGAGCUUCUGGGUUGGCAAGGCCUUUCAUGAAGUUGCAUAGAUGAUUAUGAGUCUAGUACAGACAUACCGUGUAGAGUAUCCAAUACAUAUGCUCUCAUGCAGAAAAGGUUUGACGCGGGUUAACGGC